UCCGUGUUGUCUCUGUCUGUGAUCUGAUCUGAGCCCAAUUGCCAAAUAGAAAUUAUAUGUGUGUCUCUUCUGUCUUUAAAACCACCUAUAAAAAAUGUUGGUGAUGUUAAAUUCAUCAUGUUUCUGUUAGGGGUAUAAUUUGUAAAUACCACAAGAAACUGCUGUCACCAUGGAAGUCAAGGUGCCAAGACCUGCAUAUUACUUCUCUUGGCCUGAUGAAGAGAUUUUGGAUGCCAAACUUCUAGAAAUUCCUGGCGAUGAUGAAACUUGGCUGUACAGAAUUGAACGAGGAAGCCUCAAUGGUCACCAUCAGUCUCCUAUCCAGGCAAAUCAUUAUCACACACCAAGUGGGUCGGUGGACAGUCGCACUUUCACCCGUCGCAAGCACGUUCUGCGACCGUCGCUUGAGUCGGUCGCGGAGUCGCCCAUGUUUAACCGCUCGUCCCUUGGCAUCCUCACUGCUAGUCGCCUCAACGACACAAAACUAGCGGAUUACUCAACAACACCCAUCUCAACAAAUCAAGGGAAGAUUUUCUCAAGUUUUACCGCUUCUGACAAAGCUUCUGUUUCAAGGGUCUUUAAAUUAGAUAUUCCGUUCACAAAUUCUCCUUUUGAUAGAAAGCGGCAUGACUCAGAAAUAUCCAAUGGCUCUUUCAUACCAUCUUUAGACAGUCAAUUUGACAAAAAUGAAGCUAUGACUGAUUCCAUGGUAAACUUUUUAGAAAAAUCAAAUGAGAACUGCAAACCUCCAGUUGGUUUUCAGGAUGAGAAGCUUAUGACAGAAUCACUCGUUAGCUUAUCUGAAAAAGAAGGUUGUCAAGGUUUUAGUGAAGAGGUCAUGACGGAUUCCAUGGUCAGUUUUCUGGAUCCAGUCACCUGCAAGCCGCCAAGCGGAUUUGAGGAUGAAGAAGUGGGUAUGGGCAACUCUAUUGUAAAUAUAGAUGAAAAAGAUAUUCUGCCUUCCUCUGACAUGACCAAUUCAUUGAUGGACUAUAUAGAAAGUGGAAAUACAACAUCUACAUCUCAGAGACCGAAUCUUAACGAGACAGAAAAUAUACCUCCAGGGAGGCUAAACUUGAGAAAAGAAGAGUCUAUCAGUCGUAGUCAUAGAGAAUGUGCAACAGAUGGCAAAUCUGGUAGAAAAUGCAAUACUACAUUUGAGUUAAAAGAAUCUUCAGAUACAACGUUUAACAUUGAAGAAGGUUCUGAAAAAUCACCUGAGGUAACAUUCACUAACAGCGUUAACAUCAGUAGAACUAACAAGAAGGAUAAUAUAGAGACUAAGGAUGAUUUUAAAAGACCUUUAAACAUGACUUUUGAAAAGGAGAAUGAUGCGAUUCACAUAUCAAGAGCUCUAAAUAACAAAGACCUUAACGUCACCCACGACUUGAAUGAUGAAGAUAUUAAAGAAUUUAAUACUUCAAAAUUUAAAAUCCCAAAGACUAAUUCACUUAUGAAUCAUUCACGUUUGAAUGGCACAUUUACAAGAAGUACAAACGACAACAGUGUACGGUUAAAUGGAACUUUUACAAAAAAUGAUAUUGACAGUUCGCUUUUAAAUGGAACUCUGGCCAAAAAAAUUGUAAAUAACACAUCAAACUUAAGUAGGAAGAUUCCACAGAGGAACUCAACAUUCAAUACUACGUUUACUAAGUUAGACUUCCCUGCUUCGGAUUUGUUACAUCAAGCAAUAUCAAGCUCGACCGAGUGCCUAGAGACAGGAGUGGAGGAUGACAGGACAAGCAGUGCGUCUGACAGCAGCUUCAGUUCCGCGGCUAGCAGCAACAAGCCUCGCAGCAUGAACGAGCUGCGGAGUAUAGCACAGCAACAGGAGUCAAGCUUGGUUCAGUCAUCCACUCCUACUGAAGUGUUGAACAUAAAAUCUAAGAAUUUUGGAGAUCACAGCAAUCCUACUCUAGUUAAGACUUCACUUCCUCUGCCUACUAAUCAUGCAGCAUUCAAUUGUGAGAGGAAAAUAUGUACCCUAGUGAGUUUAGUAUCCAGGUAGGAUUUUUGGAUUUGUUUAUCCUCUCCCUCGGACCCCCGACUUUAUCUCUGUCCAAACAGAGUCGGUAGUAUAGGCCUACAUCAAUAUAAGUGUGAAAACUAACAAAAAUUCAAUUUAAUAUCUCUGAAACUGGAAGAACAUUAUUUUUAUGAUGCUCAGUUUGUGUGGUUACAAAAUUCCUCAACAAAACAGUAAUCAUGUGAAUCCUGUCUGUUACUAAAAUUAUGUAACUUUAUAUAGCAUUGUCGUCAUCUCUUCCCUAUAUACAGUCAGCCUAACAAAUUUAAGAUAGGUUGCCAAUUCCUGUGAUAUAAUGAGGGUUUUACAAAAUAGCUUGUUUGCUAAAAAUCCCUAUGUUACUUCUGUGCAAGAGUGAAAUACAAAUCCAAUUUUACAAAUUUCUGUUUGAAACUCUUGGUUAAAAUAACUAAGCCUACUUAGAUGUGUGCUCUGCUUGUUCCCCUCAGUUUUUGUCCUUGGUAGUGUUGCAUCUACAUUAUUCUUUAGUUCACCUUUUUUACACAGUUUAUAAAAUGUUUUGUGUAGGGUUAAUUAUUCAAACAAAUCAGGGACUGUAGUGAUUUAGAUAAUCAAGGUUUUUAAAUUUUUUUAACUUACUACAAUUUAUUUCCAUUUAAAAUGUUGGUAGUUACUGCUUUGUCUACAGGACAAAUCAAUAAAAAUAAAUCAUUUUCUUUUACUAAGCUAUGAUGAUACCAAGUGACAUUAAAAAACAAGUCUUUUUAUAAAACUUUCUAAAAAUAUUUACUUUUUAAAUCCUGGUAAAAAAAUAUUAAAAUAGGAAAAACAUUGUUAAAAAGGUAAUAAUAGUCUUUGCAGUAUGAAGUAGUUUUUGGUUGUGUUUCACCAAAGUACUGCAGGAAGCACAGACUUCUCUGCCAGUUACAAAUAUAGAGCUAUUACCUCUAUAGUGAAGUUAAGUUUUUUCAUUACAUACCAAUUGGUUGAGACAAGUUACAAAUAUAUUUACUGUGAGAUGUUUAGCAAUCGCUUGUAUA